GGGAAGGGGCCCUUCUAUCCCUGGCGCUGAGCUCUGUGGUUAAGAUGGCGGCGGGGCGCGCGGGGGCGAGUCUGUGAGGAGGAGGAGGCGGAGGGCCUGUCCGAAGGAGCCCUGUGGGGAGCUGGGCUGAGCCGGGCGGAGCGGCAUGUGAGGCGGGCGAGGGCGCUGGCGAGGGCCCGGGGCAGCAGCAGGAGGAGGGCGAGGGGGGCCGCGAGGAUGGGCCAGCAGGUGGGCCGCGUCGGGGAGCCGCCCGCCGCCGCCCUCCAGCCGCCUCAGCAGCCUCCUCAGCAACAGCAGCCGCAGCAGCCUCUGCCCCUUUCGCAGCCGCAGCCCAAGGGCCUCCGAGGGAGCAGCAGUGGCGCCGGCGCGAGGCCCGGCGCGCGGAGGAGGGAGGCGGCGGCAGGGGGCCCCCGAAGCGCCGAGAGCGGCUUCAACGUCUUCGCCCAGCACGAGGCACUGCACCGCCCCUAUGGUUGUGAUGCUGAACCCCAGGCACUGAAUGAAGCCAUUAGAUGGAGCUCCAAGGAAAACCUUCUUGGAGCCACUGAGAGUGAUCCUAAUCUUUUUGUUGCACUUUAUGAUUUCGUAGCAAGUGGUGACAACACACUCAGCAUCACCAAAGGUGAGAAGCUACGUGUACUUGGUUACAACCAGAAUGGUGAAUGGAGUGAAGUACGCUCUAAAAAUGGGCAGGGAUGGGUACCAAGUAACUAUAUCACCCCAGUGAACAGCCUGGAGAAGCAUUCCUGGUAUCAUGGACCAGUAUCACGCAGUGCAGCAGAGUAUCUGCUGAGCAGCCUCAUAAAUGGCAGCUUCCUAGUUCGGGAAAGUGAAAGCAGUCCAGGACAGCUGUCCAUCUCGCUCAGGUACGAGGGACGUGUUUACCACUACAGGAUCAAUACCACAGCAGAUGGCAAGGUGUAUGUGACAGCUGAAAGCCGCUUCAACACCCUGGCAGAGCUAGUUCACCAUCACUCAACAGUAGCGGAUGGCCUGGUGACAACCUUGCAUUACCCAGCACCAAAGUGCAAUAAACCCACUGUCUAUGGUGUAUCUCCCAUCCAUGACAAGUGGGAGAUGGAGCGAACAGACAUCACCAUGAAGCACAAGCUUGGGGGAGGACAAUAUGGAGAAGUGUAUGUUGGAGUAUGGAAGAAAUACAACCUCACUGUUGCUGUGAAAACACUCAAGGAAGACACUAUGGAGGUGGAAGAGUUCUUGAAAGAAGCUUCUGUUAUGAAGGAAAUCAAACAUCCAAAUUUAGUGCAGUUAUUGGGUGUGUGCACUCUGGAGCCCCCGUUUUACAUAGUGACAGAAUACAUGCCCUUUGGGAACUUGCUGGAUUACCUGCGUGAGUGCAAUCGGGAGGAGGUGACUGCUGUUGUCCUGUUGUAUAUGGCUACCCAGAUAUCGUCUGCUAUGGAGUACUUGGAGAAGAAGAACUUCAUCCACAGGGAUCUUGCGGCUCGUAAUUGUUUGGUUGGAGAAAAUCAUGUGGUGAAAGUGGCUGAUUUUGGAUUAAGCAGACUGAUGACUGGAGACACAUACACAGCUCAUGCUGGAGCAAAGUUCCCUAUCAAAUGGACAGCACCCGAGAGUCUGGCAUACAACACAUUCUCAAUCAAAUCUGAUGUUUGGGCUUUUGGAGUCUUGUUAUGGGAGAUUGCCACCUAUGGAAUGUCACCCUAUCCUGGCAUUGACCUCUCUCAGGUUUAUGAUCUGCUGGAAAAGGGCUAUCGAAUGGAACAGCCUGAAGGUUGUCCCCCAAAGGUCUAUGAACUCAUGAGAGCAUGCUGGAAAUGGAACCCUCUAGACAGGCCUUCAUUUGCUGAGACUCAUCAAGCCUUUGAAACCAUGUUCCAUGAUUCCAGCAUCUCUGAAGUGCCUCUCGUUAGCACCCAGAUCUGCUUUCCUCUUCCCUUGCUGCUCUCUGUUCCAACUAUUCCCCUGAUGUUUCUUACAGAAGUGGCAGAAGAACUUGGAAGAACAGCUUCCUCUUCAUCCAUAGUUCCGUAUUUGCCCCGUUUACCCAUGCUUCCUUCCAAAACACGAACCUUGAAAAAACAAGCAGAAAAUAAAGAGAAUAUUGAAGGAACCCAGGAAGCUGUAGAACAUUCUCCUUCCAGUUCUGCACCAGGUUUUAUUAGAAGCACACAGCAGACCAGUGGAUCCCCAGCACUACCUCGCAAGCAGAGAGACAAGUCCCCCAGUGGCCUUCUAGAGGACACUAGAGAGACAACUUUUACUAGAGACAGAAAAGGUGGUUUUUUUAGCUCUUUUAUGAAGAAAAAAAAUGCCCCAACACCUCCAAAACGCAGCAGCUCAUUCCGUGAGAUGGAAAAUCAACCUCACAAGAAGUAUGAGUUGACAGGUAACUUUUCAGGAGCUGGUCCUUUGCAACACAUUGAUGGAUUUUCAUUUACCUCCUCCCAGCAGGAUGGGACCCUUUGCUCUUCCAAGUGCUAUGUUGGAGGUUUUGCACAGCGGAACUUCUAUGGUGAGGAUGGUGGCGGAGGCAGCACUAGUAGUGGUGGAGGCACGGGCACUGGUAGCGGGUGGUCAGGCCUCACAGGAUUCUUCACUCCACGGCUGAUUAAAAAGACACUGGGUUUACGCACUGGAAGGACUGCUGGUGCUGAAGAAGUGUCCAAACCUUUCCCCCGGUCCAAUUCAACAUCGUCAAUGUCCUCAGGUCUUCCUGAGCAAGAGAGAAUGGCAAUGACCCUCCCCCGAAAUUGCCACAGAUCCAAAGUUCAGCUGGAGAGGACAGUAUCCAUCUCCUCUCAGCCAGAGGAGAAUGCAGGCAAGUCCAGUGAUCUGCUGUCUAAAAGGUGUGAAGAAGUCCCCACUUUGACCAGAGACAGGCCAAAAGCUAAGCUUUUGUCAAGAGGAGCUGUUCCCCUCAAGACCUCUUCCGUAGAUACGGCUACUUCAGAAAAAGAUUGUCAGGGGUCAACGGCAACAGGAAGCCUGAAGAGCAAAGAGAAGAACAGUGGGACACGGCAAGGGUCAGUCGAAGGUGAAGAGAAGGCAAGCUGGCCUUCUCCAGCCAAGGCUGCAGUCUCACUUCCAACUACUCACAAUCACAAAGUGCCCGUCCUCAUCUCACCCACUCUAAAGCAUACUCCAGCUGAAGUGCAGCUCAUUGGCACAGACUCUCAGGGGAAUCGAUUCAAGCUCUUAUCUGAGCAUCAGGCCACUGCUUCCAGUGACAGGCCCAGACGGAUAAAACCAAAAUGUGCUCCUCCACCACCACCCAUCAUGAGGCUCCUGCAUCAGCCUCCCGCUUGCUCAGAUGCAGCAGAUGAAAUGAAUAAUGGAGCACUGGUCCAGCAAGGGCAGGGAUCCAGUGAGGGCAGCAAAAAGACAGCAGUGGCACCUGCUAGUGGGAAAGCUGGAAGGCCCAUUAUGCCUCCACCUCAAGUGCCUCUGUCCUUAUCAUCCACUUCGCCUGCCAAAAUGGCCAACGGCACAGCAGGAGCCAAAGUCGCGCUGAGAAAGACCAAACAGACAGCAGAAAGAAUCUCAGCAGACAAAAUCAGCAAAGAGGCACUUUUGGAAUGUGCAGAUCUUCUUUCAAGUGCCAUUGCAGAGCCCACCACAAACAGCCACCUGGUGGACACUGGUCACCAGCUCUUAGAUUACUGCUCAGGCUACGUGGACUGCAUUCCCCAAACACGCAACAAGUUUGCCUUCCGGGAAGCUGUGAGCAAACUGGAACUCAGCCUGCAGGAACUGCAGGUGUCCUCGACGGCUGCUAGUGUGCCUGGGGCGAGUCCUGUACUUAAUAACUUAUUGUCUUGUGUUCAAGAAAUCAGUGAUGUUGUCCAGAGGUAGCUACUGUCAAAUAAUCUGGUUAGGAGGGGAAAAUGUACACCAAGUGGAGGGCGAAGAGUCGGGGUGACUACUUCUAAUAUGUGUGUGUUGUUUUCUCCUCCAUUGAUGAUUUUGAAAAGAGAGACUGAUACUUGAGUAAGUUUUAUGUGAAGUACCUCAGAUCACUGAGCUCUCAUGUUUACAGGUUCAUCUCAGUACAUGGGACGGAGGGGAGGGUUCCAAGCCUCAAGGGGUCAGACAGUUGCAGCCAAGAAGGAAGAAUGUUAAGAAUUUGCUCUGGCUGGAAAGUGCACCUGCACAAGGGGAGCUUGUGCUGUCUUCCAGCUUCCAGCAGGUUGACAAACUGACAACAGAGCCUUUGUUUUGGGAAGAGCUGCUGUGCCCAACUGACCAUAAUGGUUGAUGGAGGGGUCAGGGAUCCUUUUCUGCACUACUGCAUGUUUGAUUUCCCGAGAUCCUGGCAGAGAAGUUCAGAGGCUCCGUUGAAACUGGAGUUUUGACGGACCUUCCCAAGAGCGAAUAUAUUAAUUUUGGAGAAGGCCCAUUGCAUUAAAUCAACAUAUGGAAAUUCGGGAAGUUGAUGCACUAGCCCACCUGGCAGAACUUCCACAGUGCAUCGUGCUGCUGUAAUCAGAAAUACAAAAACAAAAGAUGAGCUGAUGUAUGAAACACAUCCUUUUUUGUCAUUGUCCUCACAUCUUUUACCCCACACACGUUCACUCGCUCACAGCGUCUGCAGUGAUAGUUGGGCAGAUUUGCGAUUUCACACAAUCACACCCUGCACUCGAACUGGCUAUCAUUAAUUUUUGGGUAGUAUAGCAUAGGUGUCUAUUCUGGAAAUCACUUGAGUGGUUUGAAGCUGUAGCACAAACUAACCAGCAUGUGUCCAAAAGCUGUUAAAUUCUGUUUGUUUUUGAAGAUUGGUGUAACACUGGCUCCUUCUCCUUCAAUAAGCCUUGAAGGGCCACCCUUGGAUCAACGGCAUUGCAGAAUGCUGCUACUGCUGCUCUCUACAUUCCUUUUUUCAAAUGCCCAUCUUAAUCCAGCUAUAGUUGUCGAGGGAACCCAAGGCAAGAAUGUCUACAUUAGGGCAACAGUGGUGAUAUUCACAAUUCGUACUCAAAUCUAGAUAUUUUGCUCUGUUCAGAAUUUUAGUGCAUUUUGGUUACCAGGAAAUAACCUUAAAUAUGUAGCAUUACUGGAGGUGGAACAAUGUAACAGGGUGGGAGUGUGCCCCCUUUUGCUUUGCACACUUAAAAUUCUGGUAAAGACCAUCAAGUUAUGGAGCUCAGUUCAGGCAGGAGGUGGGGGGAGAUGAUGGUCUUCAUUUGGUAGAGAUCUGUUUGCACCCAUUUUUCCCUUCAGAAAAAGAGUUUUUCGUGCUGCAGGUGCCCAUUUUACUGUCACACCUCUCUUUCUGACGAGGGGAAAUUAAGUAUCCCUAUGGAACACCUGCAGUAUCAAAAUGUCUGUAUGGUGGGACGGGGGAUGCCCCCGAUAUGCCAACCACUGUUGCCAGGUAAGUCAGAAGCAAGCCUUGCUUACACAUUCUGACUUCAGCUAUUCAUCCCACUCCCCUCAGGAAAUCCUUGCUUUUGACAAUACCCACAUAUUAUGUGUGUGUUUGAUUUAAUUUAUAGAAGUCUAUGUAAGUCUACAGUAUGCUGCUAUUCAUGAGACAUCUCUUUAAAGCAACACAAGAACAUGAAACCUCACUUAUGUCCAGUACAGCAUGUCAAAACUGUUCCCUCACAAAGUGGUAUUUCUGUCUUUUGCUACGGCUGAGUUAGCUACACUGAAAGGUUAAAAGUGUGUCAAGUUUUUUUGUGGUGAAUAAUGUAUAUGGCAUGGGAAGUGCUUGUUCUCAGAAACCUACUGAAAGGGUCUUUUGCUCCAGGCUAAGUGUCUCUCCAAUAUAUUAUUGCUGGUGAAGGAGGGAAUUUUUGGUUUGGGAGCCAUAUACCCCUUUUAUCGCACACUCAAAAAAUCAGCCAGAUUUAUCACUACUUUCUUAGCCUGUGUUAGCACAAUCGGUCAGAUAUUUUCAAGGUUUGAUUUGCUCUGCACCUUAAACUUUAUGAAACAUAACAUUUUUUUUAUUUAAAAUAUUGAGAUGAGAUAUAAUUUUUAUGUUGUGCAAUUUAUUUUUUAUAUUGAAUCCCAGUACAUUUGCCACACUUUGGGGAGUUUAUUGGAGAGCUAGAAUGGCAUUAACUCUGACAAAUUAUUUGUUGCUCUAAUAGGUGCAUGAUGUUGAAAAAAAUUAAAGGGACCAGAUUGCUUUACAAUGCAGGCUCACUGAAUUAAAACUGGGCACAUGAAGGCUUGGAGGACUGGCUACAAAUUACAAUAGAGUCUCACUUAUCCAACAUAAACGGGCCGGCAGAACAUUGGAUAAGCGAAUAUGUUGGAUAAUAAGGAGGGAUUAAGGAAAAGCCUAUUAAACAUCAAAUUAGAUUAUGAUUUUACAAAUUAAGCACCAAAACAUCAUGUUAUACAACAAAUUUGACAGAAAAAAUAGUUCCAUACGCAGUAAUGCUAUGUAGUAAUUACUGUAUUUAUCAAUUUAGCACCAAAAUAUCACAAUGUAUUGACUACAAAAAUGCGUUGGAUAAUCCAGAACGUUGGAUAAGUGAGACUCUACUUUAUAUGCAUGUAAUGAAAAAUAACUAAUGGGAAACUGUCCUGAAUAUUUCUCCUUCCAUUGAUUCCCCGUUUUUCUCUCCUGAGUGGUAAACUUUUCUUGAGGAUCUGGAAGAAGAAAAGCAGGGGCCACUAAGCAGGGCACAGGUGUCUUGAAAAAAAACUUCACUGGGCAGUGCUUGGUUUCAGAGUCUCAUACCCUCCAUUCCCACUAACCCCACUCCCCAAACAGUCCUUCAUCAUUCCCUGGUCACUGAGCAUGCUCAGCCCUCAUUGGACUGUUUAGGGGUUUUCUUUUGACACCCCCCCUCCGGUAUGUAUUUUUAAAGUUGUGGAAAUUAUGGAAACUCCUCUCUUGUGUGUGUUGGCACUACUAUUUUGAUUCAGCAAGAACAUCUGGAGAAUUGAGGUUGCUAUUAGUGUAUAUGUGGGGCGGGGCGAGGGGGAUGGGACUUCCCCAGUGCAUAAUUGUGAACUAGCUUUCUGUAGUUCAGAUAUAUCUGCCACAUGUUGUCUAACAUCUGCAGUCAUCUUGCUGAAUGCCAAGUUACAGUACAACCGCAUGUCAUCCUGACUUCUGUAAUGUUUCUUGGGAUUACUGAAGUAGAACUUUCCUUCUGGUUCAUUCCAAACACAACGGCUAUAGUUUAUUAUCUCUCUUCAUCAUUGAAUGUAAUGUUACAUUUUUAGAAGGCUUGCCAGUGAUACAUAUUUGCUGAAAAACACUUAUUUGAUUAAUCAUUUAAUAACUAACUUGGACAAAAUUUAAAAGUUCCACGUCGUGGAAAGAACCUUUCUUUAGGAUAUGGAGAGGGGGAAUAACCAGCAAAAAGAGAAAAUGGUUUUCCUCCUUCAACUCUUCUCUGCCCCCCCCCCCCCCCCCGUAAAAUCUCUAGUGGCCUCUGCCUGGAUAAUAAAACAGUACCCAAGAAAGAUAUGUAACUAGAAGCUCUUAGAGCCGUGGUUCUCAACCUGUGGGUCCCCAGAUGUUUUGGCCCAGAACUCCCAGCAACCCAGCCAGUUUACCAGCUGUUAGAAUUUCUGGGAGGCCAAAAGGCCAAAACAUCGGGGAAACCACAGGUUGAGAACCACUGUCUCAGAGUGAACAGAUGGAGUGUCUUCGGUUCAUCCCAUAUAUUCAAAGCAUAGGCAUUACAGGCAUAGAUUGUUCUCAAAAGAGCAAAUAUGUGUUUUGGGUAUCACGUAAUUUCUGAAGUGGCAAUCAAAGCCUCAUAUUACAGGAGCAUCCCAUGUUUCCCAUAUAAGCACAGUUGUGGCCAUGUAAAUGUACAGAACCUUCUAUCCUCAACGAAGUGUUGCAAUACUUCAAUCUUUAGAGGCCACAUUCUUCUUCCUUGGUUUAAAAAUAUUUUGUGAUCAAAAGUAGUACUGCUGUUUCCUUUCUAUAGAUCCAGUGCAGAGUUCAAGGUUCCUCCAUAAACUGUUAUUUUAAAUUAUGUUGUUAUGGAUUGCAUUGCUCCUUUUACCACCAGUGCUCACAAGAGAGAAACCAUUCAUUUCAGAUAUUUAAAGUACCGGUAGUUAACUCUUGAAUGGUAGUAAUGUUAAACGCAGUUGAGAAGAGUUCUUUUUCAACUGCUGCGUUUUGUUAACUGCCUCAAAAUGCAUGGCAUAAGUGCACUUUCUGCCAGUGCGAGAGUCUGACAUUUCUGCCAUGUUGAGAAAGCAGGCCUUAUCUAAAUUAUGUAUGGGUUUUUUAAAAUUGUGAUUGAAUCUGUGCUUUGAUUCUUUCUGCCUUUGUUAGUAUGCUGCUACAGGGAUCUGAGGGAUACAUCCUUUUUCAUUCUGUUCAGUAGCUGUUGUCUUUUUUAAAAAAAUGAAACAAUGAGACUUGUCAAAUCCUUGCUUUGGUCUUUCAGAAAUGAUAUGAUCAUGAUCCUGAGGCCAAAAACAUUUUUGGGGGUCUACCUAAUCUAUCUGGAUAAUCCAUACCAAAGCAAAUCAAGAUAGGGAAAUACACACUUUUUUUUGUUUUCAAAUAAUUGUCAUGACUCCGCUGUAUCCUUUCUUCCUACUUUAUUCAACUUUAUUCCAUGUUCUUGGUAGCUUUGUGUGGGGUUAUAGUUAAUGGCAGAAAUAAAGAUGGGCCAUAAGGACUGGUGGGAAAGCGAUAUUGCGGAUAAAAUAUACAUGGUAGUGACACCCUGCUAAAAUCACAGGCCGUGCAUUUUUUUUUUAAGGUGAGAUCUUCGUAAAUGAAACUGUGACCAGGAACCCAAUGCCUGUUCUAUUUGCACUGUUUUGCUGGAAGUUUGUACAAUCCAUGAUGACAUGGGGUUGAGAUCAAAGUUUAACAUUUGUGGGAACGCUCCUGUGAGUGAAUUGUGCUUCUGGAACAUUUUAAGUAUGUGUCUUGUGGACAUGUAUUGCUUCCUGCUGUUUAGUUUUGACUAAUCAUAAGAUUUGUGCUUUUUUCUUUUAAAUGUUUUCUUACAUGAUUCCUACGGCAGCAUCACAUUAGAAAUGUAAGGAACAAAUCUGUGGUUUGCACAGUUUGUAUCCAGUUCAACAUAGCAUUUGCUAUGCUUUUAAUGAGACAGUUGGGAAGAAGGGCUGAUUUGCUGUUGCUUGCAUUUUCUGGAAUUAUGACAGUGAGCCUUGCCCCUUAAUUCAGAUUGUGCCCAUGUUACAAGAAGGGAAUUAUAAUUUGAAAAAUAGAUUUUGAGCAGAUUCCACAGGAAGCUUCAGCCAACAGAAGAUUGGCAAAGGGCACGGCUGUAUACCUUACAUUGAGGACUGAUGUUUAAAGGAGUACUUUAACAAAUGCCUCUGCUCUUGCAGGUCUGUAGAUAAUGUACAUGUUCAUCAGGAAGGUUUCAUUGUUCACCAGCAUGCUAUGCCAGACACUCUGCCUGAGACUACUUUCAUGGGCAGCAAAUUUUGAUAUUUCUAAAAUCUAUCACCUGUAGUAGAUGAUCAAAGCACUAAGUUUGGAAAUCAAGCCACAAGUUUAAACAGUCUCUAGGGCUGGAUCAGUGGCAUCAGUAGUGUGAAGUCCUUGCUCCAUUAUUCAUUUGAAUGUUUUGUCAAAAGGAGAGGGAAGGAAAAAAGGGCUUCAUUAUCGCCUUAUGUUCUACUUCUUGAAAGUGACAAAGGAGUAUUCUGCCACAGUAACCAAGAUAGUAGAACAUAUCCUCUGUACUGAGAAUUGGAUUUUUUUGGGGGGGGGGAGUAUCUUGCGGGGGGGCUUUCUCAGCAUUCAAAACUUGGUAUUUGGGGGAGUGAAUGUCUGCAUUGCCUCCCUGACAUGCCUUUUCUCCUUGUUCUUCUGAUUUGUAUUCUGUCAUGUCCUCAAUGGGAACACUCCAUGUAACAAUUCAAUUUGCCUUUGUUGGAAUGAUAUAUAGUGGCCCUAAACAGUAACUAGACAUACUGACCACCUCUAGUUCUAUCUUGGAGCAUAAUGCUCUGAACAUUGAGCAUAUAACAUCAUCCUAGUCUUUCAUUUGAAGCAUGCCUUUGAUUCAGAAUGCAAGCCUGAGAAAUGCUGAAUAUGAUCAGUACCAGAUAGGCUCACGAACUACCACUUUCUGACCCCUGUUCUUAAUUCAGUACUGGCUCUGCACAGCCAUAUUUUCAGGAAUGCUCAUCAGAUGUGAGUACGGCCUAUCCUUGUGUCCUGGAAGGGCAGCCUCUUAGCUAUGCCCAGUUUCUCUGUAGUUGCCAAGGGCCAAAGGGCCCAAGAGUGUGUGGUGCAAGUGGUGGGCAUCCGGGGAGGGAGCGGGAGGGAGGGGACAGGGAAAUGUCUUUUCAGGACUCUAUAAUCAACCCAGCACUCUAAUUAGCAAAUAGUUGAAAUCACUGAGGAAAGUUUUUGUUGAAACCGAAAACAUGCUGAUCACUCUAAAGAACCCACUCUUGCAGUGUUGUCAAUUGUUACUUUGUUUUGUUUUUCAUUUGUUGUUAUAAUAUAUUUGGGUUUUUUUCUAAUUUAAAUUCUCACUAUUGCCUGACUGUGAACUGCAAACAGUGUUAACUUGAUGUAAAUAAGGGCCCUUAGAGGUGGUACCUCUGGCUGUUCAACAAAGAUUUUUGCCAAGUUGCAUUUUGUUUUAAAUAAAAGUUGCAAUAUUUUAUUGGCAAA